UUCAGGCAUUCCGGGCCGAACGUGAAGCCAGUGCGACAGGCAUCGAGGUGUGGGAACGGAGGGCCGGCGCACCAGCGGGGACAACGGGAACGGAAGCCGAUUGGCUACCGGAAGUAACUGUCCAGGACACAUCGGGUCGGACAGGAAGAUGUCGUCGUAUAAGGCGGCGUACCGGCCGACCACUGGCGGCUGGUCCGAGCACCAGGAUGAGGACGAGUCGCUUUCAUCGUUCGUCGCACCACUGAUGCUCUUCCUGGUCAUCAUCUUCACCCUCAUGGGCAUGAUCCCCAUGGCCAUGACAACCAAAGACUGGGCCAACAGCCAAGGCACGGAGGGUCAAUGCAUGCUGUACGCCUCGCUGACACAGUACCAGGACAUCGGCGACACGUGGGGCAGCAGCAUCGGCACGUGCUCGUUCGUGGCGUACGGCACGAUCCUGCCGGUGCUGGGUGCCGUGCUGCUGCUCACGCUGUACUACAUCCUGCGUGGGCGGGACACGCCCGCCUCCAGCCGCUGGUGGCGCGUCUUCACCACGGCCGCCCUCCUGCUCGGCGCCUACCACCUGGUCAUCGUGUGCAUGCUGACGGACGGCUACACGCGCACGUGCCUCGCGAUCCUGGGCAACAACGCCAACCUGGACAAGUACCAGUACCGCAAGUGCUCCGACGGCCUCGGCUCGCGCGACUCCAACUACAACCACAACUACCCGACGCAGCAGAUGCUGACCGUCACGCUAGUCGGCUACUGGGUGGCCGAGUUCAGCUGGAUCGGCAUCGUCUGGUCCAUGGUCAUCAACAUGCUGCAUGCCCAGGGUCUCUACUGCCUGUUGUAGGUCGGCGGCGGCGGCAGAUAAUCGGGGUGCGGGGAGAGGGCCCGCCUGCCACAGCACCAACCGUAUUGGCAGCGCGCGAGGCCGUAUGGGCAAGGACUGGUGUGUCCAUUCUCGACGUGUUCGUCUAUCCGACGGCGGACACCUCUCCGCUGUGGAAACCGCGAAUCAAGGGCCCUUUACACUAAAUGCUAAUCAAAUGACGUCCGAAUGAUUCCAUGCGUUCUUUUCAAGUUAUUUCUGUGUACAAAUGUAUGCGCUGUAUGAUGCGAUCGCACAGUCAUGCCGCGUACGCUGAGUUGUAUGGUUUUGUAUUUCUUUAGUGGCGCCGUCUGUAAUUCAUUAUUCGUCCCCGCGUGCACUAAAUUGUUCGCCGCUUGCGAUACGACAUGAUCAGACGGCAGGCAAUUCAUGACAAGCAGAACGCAUCGAGCAUCAGUCCGAAUUUGGGCAGCCAUUUUCAUUUUCUUCUCGAAAGUUUGCAUUAUGACACGUGAUCACGCUUGUUGUGUUUCUCGGGGUGCGCCUACUUGCGCGAACGCUGCGAGGCACGGUGCUUUCAAUAGGCUUCCGGAUAGCACACGCGUGAAUUUCUUGCAUAAAAGUGAUUCAUUGUUUAGCAUCUGUUUCUCGCUGACAUGAAGCUGAAAACGCUACGUGACCUCAUACGUUAUGCUGCUACUUAUCCUGAUAACCUUUGCAUCCACCCAUGCGUAGUGCAGGUGUGCACAGCGUAGCACAGAGUAUGGAUGCAUGCAGUGAAUUCGUAGGGUAGAGCGUGCGGCAUUGUUUUUAUGCCUAUUUUAUUUGUAUGCUUCUCGUUGUGAUUGUACCUGCAAACAAUUGGCCGAUUUGUUUUUCAUUGGUCCUUGGCAACGUUAACCUUUUGAGGCCAUUUCAUAUAAUCGGCAGCUUUUACGUAGCAUAAUGUGUAUCCCUACUGACACCAACGCGCCUUUGCCGUUUUCCCACGCCCUGGCGUCACUGAUGGGAGCCAGCAGCAGGUCGGGAAUGGCCCUCGAAUGAUCGAUGCGCAUUUACAUGCGACGUCUGAUGUUUUGUACGCUCCUUAGAACAAGGUUAUCCUAGA